UUUAUACCCUUCAGGACUUUACACGAAACGCACUCUUUACGCCUCACAAUCUUCCAACAACCUCAACAUGCGCUCUACAUCAUUCAUAUUUAUCCUUGCUGCUGCUUCUGCCCCCGCAUAUGGUGCUCCGCUCAACCUGAAGAACACUUUCUGCGAUCGCUACCCGACCACCUGCACCACCGAUAUUGUGGCUCGCCAGGAUGACAGCGAGGCUCUCUCUCUUAGCAUGCUGUGGAAUGGUGCUAAGGAUGUCUUCAAGGUCGGCAAGGCAAUCUUCGAUGAAAAUAGCAACAACAACCAGCAGCAGCAGCAGCAGCAGCAGCGCGACUUCGUUGACUUCGAUACUCUCGUGGCCCGUGCUGAUGAGGAGAGUGGAGCCAUAAACUGGGUUCCUAUUGCCUCAGCGGGUACGAAGGUAUUGCCCUGGGUCACUGAUCGCCUCCAGGACUAUGUUGAUGAUAACCAAAAUCAGCCUCCAACGAAUCAGCAACAGAAGCAGCGCCGCAAGUUCAUCGAGAUGCUCGCCCGCGCCGCUGCUGACGACGAGACCGGCGCGCUCAGCCUGAAUGCUAUUUGGGAUGUCGCAAAGGCUGGGUACCACGCCGUCAAAGGCAUCAUCGACGGUAGCGGCAGCAGCAGCAGCAGCAGCAACCAACAACAGAGUCGCGAUUUCAUCGAGCUGAUGGCUCGUGCCGCUGUCGACGAUGACGAGACUGGUGCGCUCAGCCUGAGCACAAUCUGGGAUGUCGCGAAGGCCGGAUACAAUGUCGUCAAGAGUCUCGUCGAGGGAAGCAGCAACAGCAGCCAGCAGCAAAGCCGCGACUUCGUUGAGCUGUCGGCACGCAACGGUGCGAACUUCACACCGGUGCCGAAGACUCCACUCUCUUUUAUUGACACUACGGCCGAGUAUGCGAACGUGGUUCGUGGCUUCACUCUCGACUGAAACAAGGAUGUGGGAGCUGGACUGGAAGGCAGGCAGCGUCU